CUUCAGUCUCUCUCUCUCUCUCUCUCUCUCUCUCUCUCUCUCUCUCUCUCUCUCUCUCUCUCUCUCUCUCUCUCUUUUUUUUUUAAAGCAUAACUUAUUUAUUUUGCUGUUAUCUAAUGUUACAAAAACAGAUCAUUUUAACAAUACACUUAUAGGCAUUCAUAUAAAUGACCCAAUGAAUGAAACUCGCUGUGAUGUUUACUUUUCUUUUUUGAGUGCAUUUCGUGUGGACUUUUUCUACCUCUUAUCUUUCCAAAAAGACCUAUUUCAUUCCUGUUCAGCUGAGUAGAAUCUUUCACAAACUCCUAUGUCAGAUUUUCAGGCAAUGCUGUCAAGAGGGACGUUCAGUGAGCAGGAGCUCUUCAGUCAGAGAAACCUUGUUGAUGGAACAGCAAUUUUGCUAUGUAAAUUAUUUUCUAUUCUCACACCAAGUGAGACCUGUGCAACUGUCUCAUGUAUUGAACUCUUGUGCUUUUUUUUGCAUACCUAUUGUAAGGGUUCUUACAUGAGGGUUCUAUGGCGAUCCAUGGGCCCUAAGUAACUAUAUUGCUUGUAGCAAGUAACAUUCUUGCAGACAGGCUACAAAAAUGUAAAUUUCCACAAAUGUCAGAAAUCUGAGGCUACAGCAGACACAGGUUUAUAAAAUCAAAUUAAAUUGAGAAUAUUGAUCGGGCACUAGGGCAUUUUCUGCUCAUUUUGAAAUGGUUUUACACGUACAAGUGCUUUACUGUGUUUGAUACAGCAUAUUUAUUUCUAUGAACACACAGAGCUAAUAUUAUCAAGGUUUCUGCAAAAUGUAUCUUUAUUAGAUGCUAUUACACUUCAACCAAUGCAACAACACUACCUGUUCUUUCUGCUGGUCUAGAUAUACUAGUGCUGGUGGGAGGUUGGAGGAUUUCCUCCAGUCUUUCCUAUAGAGGUUAUUCUGAUCAUCAUAAUUCUCACUAGGUGUGUGUAAGUGUUCCUUUAGUUAGCUAGAAUGGUGUGUGUGUUUCAAUUCAAAAUAAACGGCAAUGAAAAAAGGUGUGUAUUAUUUUAGAUUAUAGCAGAGUUUUUACCUCUUACCCCAGAAGUUGCUAAUUUGCUGCAAGUAAAAAGGUGGUACUUUGGUGUUAAAUUGAAAAAUACAGUAGACACCGAUUUAUAAAAUCAAAUUAAAUUGAGAAGCUGAAUAUUGACAGGGCACUAGGGCAUUUUCUGCUCAUUUUUAAAUGGUUUUAAACAUACAAGUGCUUAAUUGUGUUUGAUCGCUUAUUUAUUUCUAUGAACACAUAGAGCUUAUAUUAUCAAGGUUUCUGCAAAAUGUAUCUAUAUUAGAUGCUAUUACACUUCAACCAAUGCAACUACACUAUCUGUUCUUUCUGCUGGUCCUCCCCUGAUCAUGAGGCAUUAUGAUUCUUACCCCAGUAAGCUUCUCUUAGCAAUUUUUCCCAUUCUUUUUUUUGGCAAUCAAUCUCUAGAUCUACUAGAUCUCUACUAGGUAGUUGUAAAAAUGAUUGGUCUGAUCACCAACAGCCCGACCCUGAAUUUGGUACCAACAAACAUGACUAGAACCCCCAGACACCACACGAUAAAUUCUAAUGUUUGAUGUGAAGCUGAAGAUCUUCAUGAUUUCAUGCGUUGAUCUGCUGCCACCUGAUUAGCUGAUUGGAUCAUUGCAUUAAUAAACAGGGGUUUGUGUUUCUAUUUAAAGUGGUCCGUGAGUGUAACUUUAAAUGUAGCCAAUAACAAUUUAUAUAAGAGAACAUAACUUUUUUUGUGUGUGUAAUCUGCUGUUUCUCAAUAAAAAGAUUUUUCACAACUUGUUCAGCAGAAACUGUAAUUAACACAAAUAUCCACACCGAUAAUAAAAAAAAAACCUGCUUUUUAACCUUUCUGUGUUGAAACGGUUGCCUUAAAAUCCCACAUCCUUCCAGGCUUUUUAGAUCUACACAAGAAGUCAGUGUUUGUGUGUUUUGGGGGUUUAUAUUGUGUAGUGAUGUGAUCACAGUGUCCAGCAGCAGCAUGUCACAGCGCGAGACCGGGAGCACUAAUAAAGCGCGUGCAGCAGCGCGAGACAAACUAACAGCUGUCACUCUGACAGGACGCACUUUUCUUUCUUAUUGAAGAUUUUCUCUUCACGCACACAGUUUAUUUCUUUUUAUUUCUAUUUAUGUUGUUGUAAAGAUGCUAAUGAAACGUUUACAGUUUACAGUUAUUUCACAGUACAGCUUGUCGAGACUAUUUUUAACACUCCUUGUGUUAGAGGCGCUCGAGGCGAUGGAGCUGCCCAGCUGUAAAGAGUCAGAUUACCACUUUGAGUACACAGACUGUGAUGUUCUGGGAUCCAGAUGGAGAGUGGCGAUACCCAACAAGCCUGACACAUGCACAGGCCUCCCUGACCCAGUUAAAGGAACACACUGCACAUUUACCUGUAAGGAAGGUGAAUACCUGGACAUGAAGACACAGGAGUGUCAGAAGUGUGCAGCAGGGACCUACUCACUGGGUACAGGAGUGGCCUUCGAAACAUGGGACAGCUUACCUGCUGGCUUUAUCAGCCAUGGUAUUAACAUGGAUAUAGGAAACAUCAACACAAACUGCACCAACUCAACUUGGACUCCUGAGGGGGACUUCAUAUCCUCUAACACAGAUGAAUGCAGCUCCACACUGUCAUACGCUGUGAAUUUAAAACAGCCUGGCUCAGUCACUUUCGAGUACUUCUAUCCUGAUAACAGCAUUUUCUUUGAAUUCUACGUUCAGAAUGAUCAGUGUCAGUCUACAGAUUCUCAGAGUCGCUGGAUGAAGGUUUCCGAGAAUGACUGGGAAUCUCACUAUGUGGAACUGAGUAGAGGGAAUAAUGUUCUCUACUGGAGAACCACUGGGUUCUCUCUUUAUGGUAGUGCUGUAAAACCAGUUCUGCUGAAGAAAAUUGCUAUCUCAGGGGUUGCGUACACAUCUGAAUGCUUCCACUGCAAGCCUGGCACUUACAGUGCUGAACCUGGGGCUGCUCACUGCACCCCAUGUCCAGUCAACACCUACUCCAAUAAGGGAGCUACUACAUGCCAGCAGUGUGAAGAAGGGAAAUAUUCAGGGAUCGGGUCAGGAACAUGUCAGCAGAGGCCACCCUGCACAUCCAGCGACUACUUUUACACUCACACUCCUUGUGAUUCUAAAGGACAGACGCAGCUGAUGUAUAAAUGGAUUGAGCCAAAGAUCUGCAAUGAGAACACAGAGGGGGCAGUUACUCUUCCGUCCUCAGGGGAAAUGCAGACCUGUCCUCCAUGUAAUCCUGGAUUCUUCAGUAACAAUUCUUCAUCUUGCCAACCCUGUCCACCUGGUUUCUACUCCAAUGGAUCAGCAUGUUCCGAGUGUCCGGUUGGAACGGAGCCAGUAAUGGGUUUUGAGUAUAAGUGGUGGAACAGGAUGCCCAGCAACAUGAAUAGUUCAGUCUACAGACGAGAGUAUAGUGGCACUCAGAGGAGCACAGGUUGGGAAGUAGCUGGCGAGUACGUUUACACCACGCCUGGGGAUUUAGACUCAGACUACAUGAUGCUUACAAUCACAGUACCUGGUUACAGCUUGCCCUACUCCUUGGAUAAAGUUAACGAGAGGCCAGAACUUUCCAGAAUCACAUUUGUCUUUGAGACCAAAUGCACAGCUGAUUGCACACUUUACUUCAUGACAGGCUUGAAUGAAAGGAACAAUCGUGUUGUGGAGACCUGGAGAGGCACCACUGGGAAGCAGUCCUAUUCUUACCUUAUUAAGAGCAAUCUGACUGUGAGCUUUACUUGGGGCUUUCAGCGCACUGAUGCCUACAGUAUGGAGAGGCAGUACAGCUCAGACUUUGCUAAGAUCUACUCUAUUCACAUUACAAAUGUGAUCGGAGGCGUGGCCUCGCACUGUCGACAGUGUGCACUAGACUCCUCUCAUUCAGACUCAGCUUGCGUCUCCUGUCCUCCUGGACACUACAUGCUAAAUGACACUGGAGUUUGCAGAAGUUGUCCAUCAAACACCUUCAUAAGGCCUGAGCAGCCUCUGGGAGAGGAAGCCUGCAUCCCAUGUGGACCUAAUACUAAGAGCAACCGAGCCCGCUCGGCCUGCGUGAGUGACUGCACUCUGACUAUGCAGUAUAAAGGAGAAACUCUGCAGUAUGAUUUCUCUCCCCUGGCGAGUGUCACUCAGUUUCAGAGCAGUCCUCGCUUCACCAACAAAGGCCUUCGCUAUGUGCAUCAGUUUAGUGUGGGGCUGUGUGGCACAGAGGACCGCGCUCUGGCUUCCUGUGUAGAUAAUGUAACAGAGACCAGGAAGGAGGUGAAUGGUUAUAUUUGCCAGUCAAUCAUAGUGCCUACAGAUGUCAGAGGGCAAAGUGUGGUGUCAUCACAACCCUUUAUUAUUGGCAGCACAUUGAUUGGGAUAACCACUGACUCCACACUUGAUGACAUGUCAUCUUCUGAGAGUAUAUUCCCUGCACAUACAUCUGAUCUGCCUGAUGUCAUAUUUUACUACCGGUCAAGUGAAAGGACGCAGGCAUGUAAAAAUGGCAGAUCAACCUCCAUCAGGCUCAGAUGUGAUCCCACAGUAACAGCAGUGGAUCAGAUUUCUUUACCAAGUAACUGUACAGAGGGAACAUGUGAUGGCUGUUACUUCCAUUUUCUGUGGCGUUCUCAAUAUGCCUGUCCUCUCUGUUCUGAGAAAAACUAUAAAGAGAUAGUGAGUGCUUGUAUCAGUGGAAUUCAGAGGACUACCUAUGUGUGGCAGCAGCCUCUGAAAUGUACAGAUGGAGUACCUCUGCCAGAUCCACAAAUCAGUGCUUGUGUCACUUUGGAAUUCUGGUUGAAAUUUGGUGUUUCUGUUGGAUUGGUGGCAGCGAUACUACUCAUCGCCAUCAGCUGCUACUUCUGGAAACGGACACGGAAGCUGGAGUAUAAGUACUCAAAGCUGAUAACUGUUGAGUCAAAAGAGUGUGACCUUCCUGCUGCUGACAGUUGUGCUAUUAUGGAGGGAGAGGAUGCAGAGGAUGAUCUCAUCUACCUCACCAAAAAAUCCUUUUUCACCAAAAUUAAAUCCUUCUCGAGAGAGAGAACAUCCGAUGGCUUUGACUCUGUCCCUUUGAAGUCAUCCUCGGGCAUGGAGAUUGAGAUGACCUAGACCUAUAAGCCAGCAAUGGACAAGUUGGAACUGCUCUAUGGAAUUCUCGGACUCUCAAAGUCUCUGAUUCUCGUGAUGUCCUCCUUGUGAAAAUUAGAAAGGACCACAAGCAGAUCGGAGAGAUACAUAUUUUACCAGGACCAUUCUACCCCCCCUAAGCGGUAGAAAAUGGAUGGAUGGCAUUCUACCCCUAUUUGAUUUAUGAUUUGUGCCUAAGCAUAAAUAAAGAAUAGAAGAGUUCUGUAAAUUUUUAACUACAGACAGUCUUUUGAGGGAAAAACUAUUUGUCCAGUAGUGCAGUUUACAUCAUGGUUAUGUCUGUUAGUUUGUGUUCAGUUAAGGUGAGCGAUAUGAUAACUUUCCUUAGAAACAUUGACUUCUGCUUUUGUUCUCUUUCCAGCAUUGUAUGCAUAGCAGGAUAAUCUUCAGGAUAAAAAUCACUGUGCACCCUAAUAUCUCCUACUUCUAAUGUGAAGACAUUUGUCCUGUCUUUAUUGUUGUCUGUAAAGAAUGUGGGUUAUAUAAAAGAUAUUUGCUCCAA